CCAAUUUGUCAGGCCGACACCCGCCCAGGUCUAGCCAACCAGGCCGACCCGACCGUCGGCGAUGUUUUACUUCCACUGCCCGCCACAGCUAGAGGGCACUGCACCCUUUGGCAACCACUCUACUGGGGAUUUUGAUGAUGGGUUUCUUCGUAGAAAACAGCGCAGGAACCGGACGACCUUCACUCUUCAGCAGCUGGAAGCUCUCGAGGCCGUCUUUGCCCAAACACACUACCCUGAUGUCUUCACCAGAGAAGAGCUAGCCAUGAAAAUAAACCUCACAGAAGCCAGAGUGCAGGUUUGGUUCCAGAACCGAAGAGCCAAAUGGAGGAAGACAGAGAGAGGAGCCUCUGACCAGGAGCCAGGGGCUAAGGAGCCCAUGGCAGAGGUGACAUCACCGCCGGUGAGGAACAUCAAUUCCCCACCCCCAGGGGACCAGACCCGGAGCAAGAAGGAGGUGCUGGAACCCCAGCAGAGCCUGGGGCGAACGGUAGGUCCUGCUGGGCCUUUCUUCCCUUCCUGCUUGCCAGGGACUCUUCUGAACACAGCCACCUAUGCCCAGGCCCUGUCACAUGUGGCUUCUCUGAAAGGGGGCCCGCUGUGCUCUUGCUGUGUCCCAGAUCCCAUGGGUCUCUCCUUCCUCCCCACUUACGGCUGCCAGAGUAACCGCACGGCUAGCGUGGCCGCCCUUCGUAUGAAGGCCCGUGAGCACUCAGAAGCCGUCCUGCAGUCCGCCAACCUCCUGCCAUCCACCAGCGGCAGCCCCACCCCUGCAGUCAAGCAGGCACCCCCCGAGGGCAGCCAGGACAAGACCCCACCAACCAAGGAACAGAGCGAGGGAGAGAAGAGUGUAUGA